AUGACCCAGCUCUUAUCCACACUCCAAAAAGAGGUCGAUGCUCUAAACGAAGCAGGAAGCCGCAAUCUUCAGCUGCUAGUCGACAAUACAGACAACUUUUUGGACGCUUUGCGGGCCAUUGAGGCAGAUUUGGCGGCACAAGUCGAACACGAACAGUCAGAAAACGCCCCCAACACAAACGGAAACGGAGUUUCCACCUCCGUGCCGACCGAUACGGGCUUUGAUAGCCUAGAAAUAAUCACAUCUUCUUGGUAUAAUGACAGUAUCAGAUGCCUAAAGGGCUACAAUGGGCAAAUCCUGAAGUUCCUGAAGAACAUCGUUAAUAACUCCAAGUUUCGAGCCGAUUUGGAUGAUGCCUAUACAUAUCCACUCGAAUUGGACUCCGCGCCCCUGAAUGAGGUGAGCCUGGCGGCUGCAAGACAAAAUGGUGAUGCUCGCAAACUGGAAAAUAGACAAAACCUAUUGAAGAGCAUUGCUGUGCACUUCCUAAAAACUGGACAUGGAGACUGCCUCGAUGACAUUCUCACAGGCUCUAGUCUUGUUGACUGGGUUGACACGGACACCAUACUGAAAUUUGCUGAGCUCAGCCGAAUUGUAGACGAUUUAAAGACACGCCAUGACCUCACCCUUGCCUUGCAGUGGCUCUCCACCAGAGAACGGGACUCGCCCGAGCUUCUGAUACGACUCCACAUGCUCCAAUAUGUCCUUGUACUCAAUGAUGCACCAAUGUCGGUAUUUUCAGGAGAUGAGAAGCCAGAUACGCUUACGGAAGCAGAGUAUGCCGCAUACAAGUAUGCCAUCCGCAACUUCGCUCUGUAUUUUAAGUACGACCAGAGCAAUGUCGAAAGCGUAUUUUUUUUGAUUGCAUUGAAGCCUUCUGAGCUGCGCGCAAUUUUAAAGGAUGUCAUUUUUAAAGCCAUCGAGCCGGAGAACUGUUCGGAGUUAGAGGGAGCUUCUCGGAAAUCAUUUGUCUUAUCACUUAUUCAGAGUUUUGACGACAUUCAUAGCAAUCAGAGUCUAUUCGAUAAUUUGGCCCACCGAUUGACUGCUCAUUUCUGUGACGAUUUGGGACUCUCUAGAAACUCGUCACUUUUUGAGGCUCUUCUUGCUGGCUUUGUCAAUCUCCCCAACUUCUACAAGUACAAUCGCUUGCAGCAGAAAUUAGGACAAAAGCAAGUAGAGGACGCAAAUGCUGAUGACGUGGACUUGCCAUUCCUGAUCCCAGACAAGAACCGGUUUCUCUUUGAGUAUCACCCCAUAUUCAUUUGCCCUGUAUCUAAAGAACAACUCCAGCCACUCACUGGCGAUGACGAUUUUUUGAAGAAAAAGCUCCGUUGGCCCAAGGAAGAUCCCAAUGCAAAUCCAGUGGUGGUUUUUGAAUUGUGCCGACACAUGGCUCUCAAAGAGAGUGUUCGAAGCCUUCUUCGAGGGUCAGACAAAUUCAAAUGUCACUACUGCUACAAAAAGCAUAAUAUUCUGGAAGUUAAGGAUGCAUACUUCAUCGAUUUGUAA